UAACAGUGCAUAAGUCGUGUAUUUCAUAACUUUCAUAAGCAAUUACAAAUCACCUUCUUCGACAUGCUGAUAUUAUUUUCUUGAAAACUAACAAAUGUUAAAAACUUUAUGAAUCCAACUUUAUAGUGGCAAUACGCAUGCGUGCCUGUCGUCGUAGCGUAGCGACGUCCAUUGAUCCAACAUACUCGUACAAAGUUUCGAAAGCAAUAGAAUAUUGUUUGAUCAAAUACUGUAUUUCAAUUAUCAGAACGCGGACAUUGUAAGAUCCCAGUAAAGAACUUGAAAUUACCGCCCUGCAACUAGAAAAAGUUCAGUAACUCGAAGUCGACUACCGUCAAAUACCAUAUUUUCGACCUAUUUAACUAGUUCGCGCAAUUUCUGACUUUAUCGAUAUGUCAUCGCCCGAGACAAGUUCCCGCGCCAGCCCUAAGCGGCGCCCGCCGCCUCCACCAGUGCCCUCGAGCUCACCGGUGCGACACCCGCGCUCCUUCAAGCUUCGCUUCGCGGCCCAGCGCGUGCCGGGACACUCAAACCAGUCCGCCGUCCGCCCGCUUAAGCUACCUGCCGUGGUGACGGACAAGUUCUGGCGUCGCACCGGGAGGGAGGAGGCCAUGGAUGAGGAAUCUGAGCAGCGGGCUCUGGACAAAGUGCAAGCCAUGUUCCAGAUGGGGCCGAGAGAGAAACAUGAGAGGCCCGUACAGUCUUCGCAUGAAUACGGGUGGUGGGAGUCCUAUGCCCCUCAGAUCUGGGCAGCUCCGAGGAAUGACCGGCGCCUGCACCAUGGUCUGAGGGACUCCGCGUGGCUCAAGCUGCGGGCUCGGGAAUUAGUGGAGCCGCCACAGCGGAAACGAUAGUGUGAAGGCUCAUUGAAGGCACAUAUAGUGCGGGCCCACAAGCUUGUGGAGCCCAAGGAAUGGGAUAGUUAAAGGAAGCAUGGCGCACCAUGUUGGGGACUAUGUGCGACGGUCUGACAAUAGAACAACAAUAGUAAAUAGUCGCCCCCAGUACAAUACUGUAAGAGAGAUCACAGUUGUUGAAUUUCAUUUUGUGAGCACUUUAGUAAGCCUUAGUAUUUAAGUAAAUAGCUGUAUUUUUAAGCAGUUUGGCAGCUUCAAUAAGUUCACAUGUGUUAUCGAUGGUGUUGCUGACUCCAAGACUGAAUUAUUAA